AUGUUACAAAGGGGUGGAGGACAGAAAGUGUACAGAGUCGUAGACGCUGGGGAGUACGUGGAGGGUCAUUCGGGGUUCGUGGUGGAGGUGCUGCUGCUGGUGGUGGUGAUCCUUCUGUACGAGAAGACUGGCUCCAAGAAACAGCCCCAGUCAGGAGACGAAGGGAACAACUACCAACCUACCAUUCCGUCACAUGAAGAGAACGCGGAGGUAGACGGAGGAGCAACAACAAGACAGAGAAAAGUUUAA